UCUCGACAUCAAAAGGAGCUAUGUCCACAGGGCCGUACCCAACAUAUUCUACUGAAUAUAUCUCUACACAAACAUUUGCACCAGCCUCCUGUUAUAUAUCCCUUGAUGGGAAGGAAGGCAGUUUCGAAGAUAAAAUUACCAUGGCAUCAACCGAUGGACCGCUUACUAUUAGUAUACCUACAACAAGGCCGCCUCAGUCCGCUACGGCUAUUACAGUAAACAUAGCCACAGGAAUACCUGCAACUGCGACCGCAACUGAACACACAGAUACACCCACACCCACAGCCACAACUUCACCAGCGGUUGCACCCACUUGCGUUGAUUACAAGCAAUGGCUUAUCACUGUUCCGAAAGGACACUACGUCGAGAUGACCAUCAAGAAUAUGAAUCUUCGACCGUGGGCAUGUUUGUUCGAGACAUACGUCAUGGUCAAAGAUGGGCAUUCUUUGUCGAGUAAUGUUCUCAGAAUUCUUUGUGAAGCGAUCACUACAAAUCACCGCAUAGCGUCUAGUGGCAAUAAAAUGAUCGUGGAGAGAUACGGAAAAUUGGGUUUUAGUGAAAGUGCGGGAUUUAAGGCCAACUUCCAGGCAAAACCUUUAAAAAGUGGAGAUCCUCCUAAAUUUCGGGUGCCUAAGGAAAAUGUGGCUUUGUUAGAGGAGUAUUACCCGCCGCAAAGAUUGCUCUGCCAAGCGGGUGGCUCACCUGCUCCCAUAAUUACGUGGUAUAAAAACGGAAAAGUUCUAGAACAAAAUAUCACAAGUGUACUGUAUAAACCGGAAUGGGAUUCGCAAUCAGGAAAUUACACCUGCAUAGCAAGUAAUUUUAACGGCUCGGAUACGAAAACUCUCCUGGUUCAUACUGAGAAAUGCUCAAGCAUCAGUUUCUCCUGUACUAAACUGAAAUCACAUCCAUUCUGGUUUCGAGUUGAUUGUUGGAAUUUCUACAAAGGAACAGUUCCGAGGGACAUUCCUCUCGCUACAAAAUAUUUGUUUUUUGCCAGGACCAAUCUGUGGCAUAUUUAUCCUAAGUCGUUUGAAAACUUAACUAACCUGCAAUACUUAUCGAUUACGCGUAAUUUGAAACUGGUUAAAUUGACGAGAAAUGCCUUCGGAGGACUCAAGCAACUUGAGUAUUUAGAAAUUAAUAAUCAUAAUUCAUUGGAUAUCGAAGAGGGAACUUUCAAUGAUCUGACAUCUCUGGAAUUUCUCUUUCUGAAAAGCAAUGGGAUAAGUUUACUACGACCGAACGUCUUCACCGGUCUUUCGCAUCUUCGAGAACUGUUUUUAACUGGAAACUACCUGAGGGAAAUUUCAAUUGAAAUGUACUCUCUAGAAAAACUGGAUCUUUCAUCCAAUCAGUUAUCAUACCUGGAUGAAAAAAGCUUUCGUGGUACAAGAAACUUUACAAAACUUAUGUACCUGAGGGGGAAUCAGAUUAAUAGAAUAGCGGAGAGUACGUUUGAGAAAUUCUUCUCCCUAGAGGAACUCCAUCUUUCCUCCAAUGAGUUAGGCAACCUUCCACCGAAUUUAUUUCAAGACCUGUCGGAGCUGCGAGUUCUAGAUAUCUCAUACAACAAAAUCUCUGUGCUGUCUAAAUCCAUAUUCGACGGGUUGCAAAGCUUAGAAAAGCUUAUUCUUUCUCACAACGAAAUUGAAGAGAUACCUGCCUACAUCUUCAGCAAAUUGAAAAGUUUGAAAACUUUGUAUCUGGAGAACAACAGGAUUGAAAAAAUUCAUCCGCUUGCUUUCCAUGGACUUCGAAAUCUGGAAAAAUUACAUCUGCAAAACAAUUUUCUUGAUCGUAUGCCUCCAGAAACGUUCAGCUAUCUUAAAAGUCUACGAUACUUAAAACUAGACAGUUUCUCCUUGUGUUGUUACGCUUCUCUCCACCUUGAAGAAGUAAAUUGUGAGUACCCCAAGCUGGAAGGUAACGCCUUGUCGAGCUGUAAUCGCAUGAUAGAUGCUGUUGGCCCAAGGAGGAGUAUCUGGCUGCUAGGUAUCCUAGCUGUCCUUGGUAACCUGGCCCUGGUAGCAUGGCGUCUCAUCAGGCGUGACGACCAUCCAGUUCAAACCUGCCUUCUGACCAAUCUGGCUGUGGCUGAUUUCCUUAUGGGAGUGUACCUCAUGAUGAUAGCGAUUAAGGACGAGAUAUGGGCAG